AUGGAUCCAGCCCCCCGAUACAACUUCAAAGACAUCAACGUCCAUGACCUCGAAGCAGCCACCCUCUUCGAGGUCAGGGGCUACGUGGCCGUCGUCACAGGAGCAGGCAACGGCGUUGGCCUCAUGGCCGCUCAGACACUAGCAGCAAACGGCGCUCGAGUCUACAUCAUCGGUACGAGGGAGGAGAUCCUCGACACGAUUGGGGAGAAAUAUUCCUUCAACGGGCAGAUCACGCCGUGCGUCCUGUCCCAUGCCAUCCCAUCCUCCACCGUCCCUACUGACGAGGUUAUACUGACUCCCAGACUCCCCGGAGAUACUUCCACUACAGACGGAAUCCGCGGCAUCGCAGCGGAACUCACCAAAGCCGAAUCAAAAGGGAUCAACAUCCUCAUCAACAGCGCAGGCGUCACCAGCGAGCCCCGCGCGAAAGGCACAUCCUCCGACACCGACUUCACAGACCCAGACGCCGUCUCGAGAUGGAUGACCCGCGACGGGGCGGACGCAUGGCGCAUCGCCUACGCCGGCAACGUCUGGUCGCACCAUUUCCUCACAGCCGCGCUGCUGCCGCUGCUUGUGAAGGGGGCGAAAGCGGCACCGGGCCAUUCGAGCGUGGUGCUGAAUGUGGCGAGUGUGGCAGGGGUGACGAAGACGCAUUCUCAGGGCCAGUUUGCCUAUUCGUCGAGCAAGGCGGCCCUGAUACACCUGACGAGGGAGUGGGCGCAUACUUUUAUGCCGUUGGGGGUUCGUGUGAAUUGUAUUGCGCCGGGCGUGUUCCCGAAUGAGAUCAGUAUAGGCAGGUUUGAUGAGGAUCGGAGGUCUAGGCAGGAGGAAGAGUUAGGGAAGAAAUUUCCGGCCGGCCGCGUUGGACGGGAAUCCGAUAUUGGCAGUGUCGUCCUUUACCUCUGCAGUAAGGCCGGGACCUAUGUUAACGGACAAAUCGUCAACGUGGAUGGAGGUGAGUAUCAUUUCGUUCCUUCCAUUCGGAUCAGCUAA